UUAAAACGCAUGGGAGUGUAUUUGGCUAUUUUUCCAAUAGCUUCUAAGUGUAUUUUAAAAUAUAUUCAACUACUGCCUCUGAGAUGGUUGCCAAGGUACUCUUUGAAAUGCUAUUGCUUAAAAAAGUCCCUUUGACACACUUGAGAGGACCACAGAGUUGCCUUGACGGAUUUCACAACCUAUGCAUAAGUAAUUCAAUUCAUUUCACAUGGUUGACGAUUCAUUGCUUAAAUUCAUUAAGAAAACCCAGCAAAACCUUGCAGUACAGUUAGCAUAUGCUCACAUAGCACAAAGUCCCCACACUGAAUGGCCCUUGCCUUGACACAAAAAACAUUCAACCCAAAGCUGUGAGAGACACCAUUAUUGUCACAGGGGGACAAAGAAAAACAGUAGAAAAGUUGUGCUCCAAUUGUGUAAGUAGAGGAAAAAAUGUGUUUAAACCGUCAAACAAUCAUUAGCCGUGCCCAGUGAAGUAAAACCCUCCCAAGGAAAGGAAGGGCAAUAAAACAACUAUCACACUGGCGACUGGGGUGGGAGGUUAAUUGUGACAGAGCUUCCAUGAUUUGUUCAGGAAAAAUAGGAUUGGAGCCAGACAAGGCUAGGGCUGGGGUCAACCCUGGGUCUCAACUGUUUCCUGUCAGCCUGACCUGGGUGGUACUGACAGAGGGAGGGAGAAAGGGGUCUGUUCAGUCUAAACUGGGUUCUGGAGUUCCUUGCUUCAGGAUUAAGCUGAAAGUCAUACAAUAGACUUCCCCUGUACGCUCCUGCCCAGAAGAAAGAACAGGGGGAUACGGUUUCCACAACAAUGGAAAUUCAAUCAGGAAAUGGAGAGGAGUUGGAGGUGGUGAGUGGCGAGUCAUUAGCGACCUCGGGCUCUGUUUCCUCCUCGCCGUAUCUCUCUGUCCCUCAGGCAGACGGCACGGACGACCAAGUACUCCGGGAGGACCUCCAGGCUGCCAAGACCAUUGAGAGGUUUGACAUCCCUCUGAGUAACUUGAAGAGGAUGUUUGAGAAGCCCCCAGGAGCAGCCAACACUGAAGUGAGAGCCGUACAGUCCAGCCCAUCCAGAAGAGCCCCAGCCAGUAGCUACCAGCUUGACCAGAAGAGGGACCCAUCACCUGGUGAGAAAAUGGCCUCAGCUCAUGACCCCAGCCUCUCUGCGGGUGGAACCAGGUCAGGACGUCCUGAGGAAAGGGAAGGGGUGGCGAGUCAGAGGAAAGGAGACGGAGGAGCGCCCACCAGCGAGGAGGCGGAGUCCGUGUCACUAAAGGAACGCAUGGCCAUGUAUCAGGCUGCCGUGUCCAAGAAGGAGGCCAGCAGCUCAUCCGCCACGGUUAUGGAGGAGUCGGAAGCCUGUUCUCUGCCAGGGGGUCUGGCCAGCGUGAAGAAACAGUUUGAGAGCCAGGAGUACACGUCAUCCUCCCAGUCCCAGACCAGCGUUACCCAGGCCCAUGUAGAAAAGAGAUCCGUGCAGGUGUCCAGCUCACAGGAGGUGACAGUGAGGAGCAGUGUCAGGGAGGUCAGUCCCACCACUCAGCAAGUGGCCUACUUCCAUGGCCAGGAGGUGACUCAUGAUCAAAGAGUUCAACAAAGCAACGUGGCCUCCAGUUAUGAAAACCAUUAUGAUGAAACGGUUCGGGUCAUAGGAGGAGAGGACUUACCAAAGGUCUCCACUCAGGCUUUGAAGCAGCAGUAUGAGAAGACGAUAGAACAGGCCACGCCGGGCAAGCAAAUUAAGAUUGAUCUGGAUUACAACCAGUUUCAAUGGGCACCGGUAAACCAGUCCUCCUCAGCAGCAGCUAGCUAUGAAAGUUCCUCCACUGUUAAACAGUCAUCCAAAGCUUCAGCAGCAACGAGCUAUGAAACCUCAUCCACUAUGAGGACAGAGGCUGUCUCCUCAUCUACCGCUGCCUCAGCCUCAUCCACUAUGAGGACAGGGGCCGUCUCCUCAUCUACCGCUGCCUCAGCCUCAUCCACUAUGAGGACAGGUGCUGUCUCCUCAUCUACCGCUGCCUCAGCCUCAUCCACUAUGAGGACAGGUGCUGUCUCCUCAUCUACCGCUGCCUCAGCCUCAUCCACUAUGAGGACAGGUGCUGUCUCCUCAUCUACCGCUGCCUCAGCCUCAUCCACUAUGAGGACAGGGGCUGUCUCCUCAUCUACCGAUGCCUCAACCUCAUCCACCAUGAGAACAGGGGCUGUCUCUUCCUCUACCGCUGCCUCAGCCUCAUCCAUGGAUUAUGAGACCAUGGAGCACUUCCCUCCUCCACCCGCUGAACUAAUGCCCCAGGAGGUACCCGAGUGCUGUGACUCUCUCCCGCCUCAGGAGCAGCCUGGCCAACAGAGAUACAUAUUCAACAAGGAGCAGUACUCCAAGCAGAGGAACCUCAAUGAGCUGAAGCGCCUGUACAAGCACAUGCACCCAGAGGUUCGGAGGACCAUGGAGAAGGACUACUUCACCGACGUCACUGAGAUCGAGCAGGCACAGCUGGAUAGUGAAGAUGAGAUGACCGGGGAAGUCCAGCAGGCUUGCUAUGUGUUUGAGAACAGUGGUGGGGAUGAAUGUAUGAGCCCUGAGGGAGAUUACCUGGAGUGGGACGAGAUCCUUAAAGGGGAGGUGCAGUCCAUGCGCUGGAUGUUUGAGAAUAAGCCGCUGGAUACCAUUAAAGAUGACACCCCAGAUGAGGAUGAUGAAGUGAAGAACAUUACUGAGCAGGAAAUCAUUGCAGGAAGUGAUGUCAAAUACACAGCCUGGAUGUUUGAGACCCAGCCCAUGGAUGCGCUGCGUGCAGACACCCCAGACUCCACCGUACAGACAGGGAAAUUGACCGAGCUGGCGAGAGGAGACGUACGAACAGCCACAUAUCUUUUUGAGACCCAGCCACUGGAUUGUCUGAAUAAAAUCUACCAGGAGGAUGAGCAAGCCUUGGAGGUUGUCUUCACUAAAGAUAUUACAGGAGGGGACGUGAAAACAGCCAGGUAUCUGUUUGAAACUCAACACUUGGAUUCCCUCAGCCACACAGAGACCAUUGAGGAGAGCCACUUCUUGAACCUGAAGUCAGAGCUUGAGGAGAUCAAAGGGGAAGUGAAGACAACCACACGGAUGUUUGAGACCCAGCCCAUGUGUGUCAUCAGGGGCAACUCUGGAAAUAUACUGGAGAUCACCGCAAUCCGCAGGGAGGAGAUGGAGAAAGGAGACGUGAAGACCUCCCGCUGGCUUUUUGAGACCCAGCCUCUGGACAUGAUCAACAAAGACCCUGCCAAGGUGAAGCUGAUCUGUGGAGUCUCCAUGGAGGGCAACUCGCAGGGAGACGUGAACCGGGGGAGGUGGCUGUUCGAGACAAAGACACUGGACUCCAUUAAAGACGAGGAAUGGCAAAGCAUCAGGCAAAAGGAGGAGAUUAUUGGAGCUGAUGUGCGGAAGCACUGCCUGGUUUUCGAGACACAGCAGAUGGAUACUCUGAAAGACAACGCCAAUGCCAGACAUUUACUCUCAGAGGCGAUUGUAGGAGGUGAUGUGCGAUCAGCAAAACAUCUGUUUGAGACAGUGCCAAUAGAGAACCUGAAGGAUCUGGCUGAAGUAGGGAAACUUCAGAAGAUGGUUGCGUCCGAGGAGGAGAAGGGUGAUGUUAGACAUCAGAAGUGGGUUUUUGAAAGUCAACCACUUGAAAACAUAAGGGAGGAGAAGAAGGAAAUGACACGCUCUAUAAACCUUGAAGAAAUUGAUAAGGGCGACGUCACAAAUCACAAGGAAAGAUUUGAAACCUUGGAUUUAAGCAGAUGUGAGGGGGCACAGAGAAUUCAAGUUGAAGGUGUUACCAGUGGGUCUGUGAAAUCAAACAAAGUUCUUUUUGAAUCCACCCCGAUGUAUGCCAUGCAAGACAGCGAGGGACACUACCACGAGGUGAAAACCGUGCGACGUGAGGAGAUAGUAAAAGGAGAUGUUCGCAGCUGCAGGUGGAUGUUUGAAACACGUCCUAUCGAUGGGUUUGAUGAAAGUAGCAAUAAAUUCCAGAUUAUAAAAGGUAUAUCAAAGGAGGAGAUUGAAUCGGGUGAUGUCAAGACAGCCAAGUGGUUAUUCGAAACUCAACCCCUUGAUGGUAUUAAACAUUUCAGCAACACUGUAGAAGAUGAAACUAAGACAAAGGAGAGUGUUGAAAUUGAGAAGGGUGACGUGAAAACCUGCAGGUGGCUGUUUGAGACUCAACCAAUGGAUAAUCUGUAUGAGAAAGCAGAUAAGGUGAAGAAUGAGACUGAGGUUGAGGAGGUCAACAAAGGGGACGUCAAAACAUGCACAUGGCUCUUUGAGACUCAGAACCUCGAUAACAUCUGUGACCAUUCCGAGUCCGAAUCGGAGACCGUUCUCAAAACCUGCACUGUCAAACAAGAGGACGUCCAAGGCAAAGAUGUGCAUCACGCUCGCUUCCUCUUUGAGACAGAGAACCUGGAGAACCUCACAGGGGAGGAGAGUGGUGCCUUCAGGAGGGUGACUAAGAUUGAUGUCCAAUCUGGAGAUGUGUCUAGGAUGAAGUUUCUCUUUCAGAAUCGGUCUUCCGACAUCAUGACCUCAACCUCAUCUGAAACAAUGCAUAAGCUGAAGACCCUGACGGCGGAGGAAAUUCAGAAAGGAAAUGUGGUGAACAACACGUGGCUUUUUGAAAACCAACCUAUAGACACUAUCCGCGAGGAUACAGAGGAAGCCAAGGACACUCGCACCGUAACCGAUGUGCUGGGAGGAAAUGUUGGUCAAGGACGCUUCGUUUUUGAGACUUACUCUCUCGAUAAAAUCCAGGAGGAGUCCACCGAGACUGAAAUUUCAAAACUCCAGAGCAUCAUCAGGGACGAUAUAGAAAAAGGGGAUGUGAAAAGCUACACCAUGAUGUUUGAAAAUCAGCCACUGUAUGCAAUCUGUGACAAAGAGGGCCACUACCAUGAAGUAACCACUAUGACAAAGGAAGAAAUCAUGAGAGGAGACGUGGUGGGGGCCCGGUGGUUAUUUGAGACAAAACCUCUGGAUUCAAUAAGGGACACAGACGACGUCUAUGUCAUCAAAUCUGUCACUGAGGAGGACGUCCAGAAAGGUGAUGUCAGCACGGCCAGGUGGAGGUUCGAAACACAACCUCUUGAUGAAAUCGCUGAGGACAUGAAAGUGUUGACUAAAACAGUUGACGAUAUCCAGGGUGGGGAUGUGAAGACAAACAAACACCUUUUUGAGACAGAUGAACUGUCCCAGAAGUAUGUUAGAACUGUUAGCGUGAGUGAGAUCCAAAAAGGGGACGUCAGGACUGCCUCGUGGAUGUUUGAAACACACAGCAUCGAUAAGAUCCGUGGCGAGGGCUCAGAAUAUGAUGAAAUGGAGACAGUGACAAAAGAAGAAGUGAUGAAAGGAGAUGUCAAACAGUCUGUGUGGCUCUUUGAAAAACAGCCGCUUGACAGCAUUAAAGAGUCUGACGGAACAGAGACUGUUGUCACUCGGGAGGAGAUCCCACAAGCAGAUGUAAAGACAACAACAUGGCUUUUUGAAACCACUCCUUUAACCAAAUUUAAUGAGAACAGUGUAGAAAGAACUGAAAUAAUGGGGAAGAGCAUCAAAGAGACCCUUGAAGAGCUGUAUUGUCAGAAAAUGGUUGACUCACAAGGGAUUCUCAUUGAGACGGAUGAGAUCGGCGAUGUCAGAAUGGCAAAAUACAGACUCAUGAACCAAGAUGCUCCAGAAAUCCAGAAGGAGGAGGUGAUCAGAGGGGAUCUGAACAACAUCAUGAUGAACCUCCUAAACAGACGAGAAAUUACAGAAAAAGGGAUAGUCAUAGACCAGGACGAGAGAGGCAACAUCAACACAACAGUAAAACAGCUAUUCAACCAAGAAAAGGGAUUCAAUGUUGAGAAGGAGGAAAUCCUCAGAGGCGACAUUCAAGAGGCCAUCAACAACCUACUGAAGGAGGAGGGCUCCUCAAAACGUGGAAUUCUGAUUCAAGAAGAUGAAAAGGGAGAUGUGCGAAUGACUAUAUACUCCCUCCUCAAUAAGGAAGACGGUGGUGGCAUUGAGAAGGAGGUUAUCAUCAAAGGCAAUGUCAGUAGGACCCUUCACAGUCUCUUGUCCAACCCAGGGUCAGAGGAAUCUAAAAGGAUAAGGGUGGAAGACACGGAGAGGGGUAACGUUAGCUUUUACUCCACCUGUAUUGAAUCUGGGGCACUGGAUUACCUCAAACAACUCCAAUUUGAACCUAAUGAGGAACAAGAACAGGCGCAGAAGGAACGUAUCAUUGGCGGCGACGUUAUGGAAACCAAAAUGACACUAAGGAAGAAUCAACAGCAGAUUGAACGCACAGUAGCUGAGGACGAUAUUGUCCCUGGUGAUGUCAACAACACUGUGAAGGUGUUCAUGAUGGAACCUGCUCUCUUGCUGGACAACCUGCAGAAAGAGGAAAUUGUCAAGGGAGAUCUGAGGGCGGCCCUGGACUCACUAACCAAAACUAUUAGCAAGAGAGUCGUGAUAGAGAAAGAGGAAGUGGUGAAAGGGGACCUGCACACCACUCUGAGGUCUUUGGAGGAGGCUCAAAACCAAGCCAAGGAAAUGGAAAAGCCAGAAAUUGUCCGAGGUGAUAUCCGAGGAGCCCUCCAAUCAUUAGAGAAGUCGGCGACCACCAAGACUGAGGUAACUGUUGAGGAUUUAGUGCCCGGCGAUAUCAAAGGCACCUUGAAAUCACUAGAAGAGGCUAAGCAGGCAGUGAAAGAGAUGGAAAAGGAGGAGAUUGUAAAGGGAGACAUUCAUAUUGCGCUGAAGGGUUUGCAUGAGGCCUCGAGUGAGAAAAAGCUUUACCAGCACCAAGUGAGUGAACAGGGGGACGUGAGAGGCACAAUACAGCUGUUACUAGAACCAUCCACAUCCCCACGAAUGCAACGCAGGGGAAGCACUGAGGGAGAUGUGAAGACCUCCAUAAAAUGCCUCUACGAAGGGCAGGGGCAGGACCAGGAUGAGGAGCAAUCACAGAUGGAGAAGGAGGAGGUGAUAAAGGGAGAUGUUAAAGGAGCGAUAAAGAAUCUGAUGCAGAGAAAAGAAUAUUCCAAUCGGAAAGUACGAAAGUAUCCUCCCAGGAAAGCUCCCAGAGCUCAUGUGAAAAAUCCAUUACCCACACAGCAAGUGAUGGACCAUGAAUACCCAGAUGUGGCUAAGAAUGAGAACGUCACAGUCAAUCUAGCCCCUGCUGUGAAAAACCUGUCUCAGAGUCAGAGCAGUAAAUCACAGGACACCACACAAAAGCACACUGGGACGUACACCGAGAACAAAUCAGUGAAGAGCAGCAGGACCCUCACCCAAGAGGAACACUCUAUGACAACACAGGUACAAACAGUAAAUAUUUUGGAGGCCUCACAGCAGGAACAUGUAAAAGAACAGACUGAAGUUAAAGAACAGACACGUGUUGAACAGAGUGUGAAACUGAAAAUGCAACCCCCUCCUAAGAACAUGAUCAUAAAGAAGAAAAACCAGACCAAUCAGAUGACUGAUAAUACAUCAAUGAAUCAGAUGACAGAGACUAAAGCAGCCAAUCAGAUGACUGUGAAUCAAUCAUCCCAUCAGAUGACUGAAAAUAAAGCAUCCAAUCAGAUGAGUGUGAAUAAAUCAGCCAAUCAUAUGACUGAAAAUAAAGCAUCCAAUCAGAUGAGUGUGAAUAAAUCAGCCAAUCAUAUGAUUGAGAAUAAAGCAGCCAAUCAGAUGAUUGUGAAUACAUCAGCCAAUCAUAUGACUGAGAAUAAAGCAGUCUCAGACAUAAAUGUGAUGAAAGAAACACAGAGAGAAACACAAGUCUCACACAUGAACGUGACCACACAGGUCAAAACAGUCAAUAUGUCUGAGUCCUCACAGCAGACACAUGUUAAAGAACAGGCUGUGAAACAGAAAAUACCACCACCCCCUAAACCCAUCUUCAUAAACAAGAAAAACAUGACCAAUCAGAUGACUGAUAAUACAUCAACGAAUCAGAUGAAGGAGAUUAAAGCAGCCAAUCAGAUAACUGAGAAUGAAGCAGCCUCAGACAUAAAUGUGAUGAAAGAAAGACAAAGCACAUCUCAAACUAAUAUUGUUUCAAAGCAAACACAGGAAACAAAAACAAUGAAACAGUUGCAAACAACAGUGACAGAGCAUAAGACUGUCACACAAAAACACAACGUCAAAAAUCUGAAUACAAAUUUCCGGAACCUGGACAUGAAGGGAAAAGGUAUGCUAAAGAAAGGGGCGCCUGAGAUUCAUUUCCCUCCUCCUCCCACGUCCCCGCCUCCACCCUCUGAGUCUGAGAUGUCUCUUCCUCCAGCGCCCUCACCAGUGGCAGGCUGCCCAAUGCCCCUGUCAAGCCGUAGCCCAAUGUUUCCCACAUCCCGUCCCCUGAUUAUGAGACAGGACAGUGACCUUCCGCCUACACCUCCUCCACCCCCAGUAGAAUGCGGGGAGCCCGACUUUUUCCCUUCUCCCCCACCCCCACCAUCCGUGGCAGGGCAAGACUUUCUUCCUCCACCGCCCUCACAGCAAGAGCUAAACUCAAUACCACACCAAGUGCCUACACCACCACCUGGAAAGCCAUUUAAAGCUAGGCCUUUAUUCAAAAUCCCAAAACCUGAGCCACCCAAGCAACCAAUACUGGUCAAACCAAAAUGGCAGAAAAAGCCAGCAGCACCACCACCAACUCCUCCACCUUUUCAACCAAUGACGGUUCAAACAGAACAUAAAGAGGAAGGAGUAGUCCAGGAAGUCAAAAGUGAAAUCAGUUGUAAACAGGAAGAAAAUACAAAUACUACCAACACACAGGUUCAAUCUGAUUUGACAGUGUCCAUGACUAAAAUCCCUUCACCAAUCCCAGUGGCAAAACCACCACAGGAAGUGUUGCCACGACCACCUAAAAAGGCAUUCAUCCCUCCAAUCAAAAUACCCCCACCUGCAGAACUUGCACCAGUGGCAAAACCUAAACCAUAUGCCCGUAAAUUCAAAACCCCACUGAUGCUGGCAGAGGAAAGGUAUCGUGUGCAGAGAGAGGAGGCUGAGAGAAACAAGUCACAAGACACAACUCCCGCCACUUCACGAGUCACAUCUCCCUCCUCUCCUCCAACUAAUAUGAUGCAGAUGAUGGGCUCAACCAAUGUUGCAAGUGAACAACACUCAGUUGCACACAAAACAGAGCAGUCAAAAGUGACCUCAGAGGUAACACAUGAACAGGCUGAGGAAACUCAGUCUAAAAGCAAAGUAUGCACAGCAUCACAAGAGCCGCCCAUGAAGAAAGCUUUAUCACAUAUCCCCCUGAGCAAACCGUUGAUCUCCAUGGUAAAUAAGAAAUCAAACUCUGAAUCUGGAAAUAUUUCCUCAGAUAAGAAACACAUUACCACUGAUCAGUCCUCGAUGGCCUCUUCUGGGAAAGAACUCGCCUCAUCUGUUGCCUCCAGAAAACAUCAGUCUGUUUCCUCUGGCAAGCAUCAGUCUGUUGCAGUCCCUGCUGCUCACCCUCACCAUGAGUCCAACAUUAAAGUCCAAUCUGGAUCUAAUGUGAUUUCGUCCUCAGUAGCUGAGCAGCAGAGUGGUAUGAAUGCUAGCUCACGGUCUAUCAUCUCCACUCAGAGUAUUGUCCAGGAAAAUGUACAUCUUCAAACCCAAUCCGCCGUCACAUCCGUAGCAGAGGAUGCAAAGAAUACUAACGCCUUACUCACACAGGAAGUAAAAAAGAUUCCAUCUCAGCCCACCAAAAUCAAAAUUCCAAAAGUGACACCAAAUUUCAAGGUGAGAACAGUGAAGUUACCAACAGAGAAGAAGGAAGAGAAAAGUGAGGUGGUGGAAAAAGAUCAACGAGCAGUGAAAAACGAAUUACAUGUACAUCAAACGGAUAUGGAGACUAUUUCUAAGAGUGAGACCAGAGUAGUUCAGGAGAGCACCCAGAUGGCCACCAGUAGCUCAGCAAAAAAUGACGUAAAGGUGGGGAUGAAUGUGACACAGGAGAAAGCUGAGGAGGUUGAGAAAACUGCAGUUGCCAAGGAAACAAAGCUGGAAAGUCAAAUGAAGACAAAGGCAAAGCAGAAAGCCAUUAAAGUCCCUUUGCCCAAAGAGCCAAAGCUAGUUCCCAUGCCAGUAGCUCAAGCUCCAGGGCACUGCCACAUAUCUGUCUCCCAUAGUCAACAAAGCAUGCAGGAACAGCACAUUCAGAAGCACGAGCAAGUGAUUGUUAAUGCGAGAGUAGUUCAACAGAGCUUCCAGAAACAGGAACAGCAGGUUCGCACACACAAGCAGCAGGUCAAGUCUUUCCAACAACAAGGAGAAGUAAGCAAAAUGCAGCAGCAUCAGGAGAGGUCGAAGGCAGAGUCUACGGCUGUCUCCAUGAACAUUGCAGGGAAGGCAGCAGCACAGACAGAAGCAGCUCAAUCAAUGGUGGAAAGCUCAGCUCAAUCAGUGGAGGAGAGCACAGAUGCAGAGAAAUGUGUAAUGGUACAGAAGCUGCUAUUUAACAUUAAGCAGCUUCAUCCAGGGAAAAUGGAUUCAAACUCAGUGAGGACAAUACUUAGUGGGGUCCCUGACUGGUUGAUGAGGGCGGAGGAAACGCGUGAUUUAACACAGGUUGCUGUUCAGCAGAAUAAGAAGAAGCUCACAGAGAUCAUUUUCCGUGUGAGAAAUCUAGCACAAGCAAAACUUGUAUUCUUAGAAGGACACAUGGCAGCCACGGCAAAACAGGAAAGUGAACCGGCACCUGCAUCAUCACCUGCACAACCACCUGCACCACAACCUGCACCACCACCUGCAUCAGCACCUGCACCACCACCUGCACCAGCACUGGAAAAUAAAGGAUUUGGAGGAGCAACAGCCAAAAUAUCUAAAAUAAGCAUUGGCUCGUCAAGAGUCGAAACCCAUAAGAAAGUGGUUGAGGAGAGGAAGAUCUCUCAUGAGAGCAAAAAGCCGGAGCUGACUGAAGUAAAAGGUCCUGAUCCCAGAGUUCCUUCUCCCAUGCUUGCAAUGCGAACACCUUCACCUACCUUCAUAAGCAUUGAAUCAGUGAGGAGAACAAACUCACCCCUCACAGUGACACCCUCACCUCCUCUGUCAUACAGGUCUGGUGCCACCCCAACCCCACCACCUCCCCCUCCCCGCACCCCUACCUCUCGGUUCUGUAGGGCCACGCCCUCUCCCACCUUGAGCCGCUCAGAAAAGCUAGCCAAGUUGAAGGACACCACUGCGAAGCUCUCUCGAGGCAUGACCCCUCCCCCACCCAUGCCUGAGUUUCUGACCACAGAGCAAGCCUCUGACAGAGAGGAUUCCCCAGCGCUGAUUGAACCUGAGAUCCACAUGCAGACACAGGAGAUGGAGACUGGGACGACGACUCCGGAUGUGGCUGAUAUGGUUGACUCCAUGAUGACUGUCAGAGACAAGAAGUUCUUCUUUGAGGAAGCUCAGAAGGCAGAGGUGAGCAGGACAUACAUGCGGAAGGACCCCAUUGAAAUCCCGGAGCGCCUGGGUCCAGAGGAUCUAGAGGAAGUUCCUGAGGGUGUGAAUAUAGACAUAAUGAAAGAGGAUCUCCCUAGGCUUGACCUGUCAAAGCUGGUCAAUCAAUUUGAAUCCCCACAACCAAAGCUGUACAUCAGAAAAGAUCCCAUGAUCAUCACGGAUAGACUGGGAAGUGACACGGAAGAUCCAGAGGCAGACCCCAAAACGCCAAAAACCGGUGAAACACCUGCCUUCAACAUCAAGGCCAUCAAGAAUGCCUUUGACUUGGGUGAUCAUAAUGCUCUCAAAGAAGUGAGGGAGAAACAAGAGGAGAGAGAGAGGAGAGAAUCAGAGUCUGCCGAACCGACGGGGCACUCCAAAACAAAGUCCGUCACUGAGGAGUUCUCUGGCACGGAUGAAUUUGGCACCGUAACAAGAGGGGUGAGGAGCGAGACCAGCAUGCACUCUGAGAGCCACAUGACCCGCCCCCUCCCUCCCUCCUAUGCCGACGUGGUGAAAGGGACGGUUGAAGAGAUGGCAGUUCCUGUGGAGGCCGCCACCGAGGACCUACUGAAGAGCUUCCACCAGUCCUGGGCCGAAAGCGAGAGUGUGUUCCAGAAUCUGGGAUUCAGUGUCUCAGAACAGAGGACAUCACAGAUCGUAACACACCAGCAGGAGACUGUCGUGACGGAUCAAAGAAGACGCAGGAGAAGAGGUUUUGGAAAAGAAGAAAAUUCGAGUUCCAGAGUCCGAACUGUGUACGGUGUGUCGGAAGAGGGUGUAUCCGAUGGAGUGUCUGGUCGCAGACAAACACAAUUUCCAUAAAAGCUGCUUCCGCUGUGAGCACUGCAGUGGCAAACUAAGCCUUGGCAACUACGCCUCUCUCCAUGGACGAAUGUACUGCAAGCCCCACUUCAAACAGCUGUUCAAGUCCAAAGGAAAUUAUGACGAAGGAUUCGGACAGAAGCCUCACAAAGACCUUUGGAGUGCUAAAAAUCAAGAGUAUUCCAUUGAAAAUGAAAAGACUAAGCUAAAAUCCCUGUCCCCUGAAAAACUAGAUUCCACAAAUUCCACAGCCAGGAGCAGUGUCAGUUCGACGAAGAUAGAGGUACCACCUCCACAGGAAAAGGAAGUGAACAAAUCACAGGAUGAAAACAAAAAGCCCACUAGUAAGAUUGCGGUUGUAUGGCCCCCUCAGAAUGAUUCUCCCAAGAAAGUGUUCAUGAUGGAGGAUGAGGUGAAGCUGGUUAAACCCUCAUGGCCCCCCCAGGAUAGCUCUCCAC